AUGUUUUUAUUAUACAUAAAUCUCAAUAAUAAAAUAUCUUAUUCUAUAUUCUUUGUUUUAAAUUUAAUACAAAUAACAUACUUUUUGAGUUAUAAUGUAGAAUCUUUGUAUAAUAAUAACAUUUCAUCAACUUCAUCCAUAUUUGGCUAUAUAAAUACAUCACCAGAUACUCUUUUGCAAACAUACACAUCUUACAUGAAAUAUGAUAAUUUAAGACGAAAUAAAAGAAGACCCAGUACUGUGGGAUCUCUGUCAGAUUAUGCAGUGAAUACCAAGAAAGGUAUGGGCCCAAAAUCUACAUCUCGUUGGGGGCGCAGACUAGAUAAGGAAUCUAGCCAUAACUUUGGAAAUAUCUCAGGAAACGAAGAUAUUGGUGGGUGUAACCCAGACUACAAGUUCCCAGAAUCAUUUUUUGAUGAACAAGAUGAUGGUUACUUUUGGCCGCCCAAAAGUGUCAUCAAGAAAACAGGGAAAUUGUACUGGAACCUGAGAGAGAAACAAGGCGCUCCUUAUUCGUCAUAUAAAAGCUUACUAGGAGAGUGGACUCUCGAUGUGGGAGAAAUAACAGUAAUUUUUGAUAGAAUACAGUCUGAUCCAUUCGCUCCUCCAUCUAACGUGCGAGUGAGAAUACCUCAAGAUACAGCAAGGUUCCCACUCGACUUAAUGGCCCCGAAAAUCAGGAACAUAGCUUCAUGCGACUAUAUCGCUAGGUCAAUCAGCGAAGAAUUAACUAGAAUGACAAAUGAAUGGCAAUCAAAAAGCUUGAAAAAAAGAGGAUUCCAUAUUUCUAAACCAACACAAUAUGUGCUCGAGAGGAAAUCGGUAGUUCUUAAUCCAGAGUUCGUUGAAGUUCGCUUAUAUGCACAUAUGCCAUCAAACGGACGUAGAAUUGAUGGUAAAUACGCAGCAAAGCUUUUUACCGAGAUACUCCCACAACUGUGUAAAGAUCACUUAAACUUUGAUUCCUACGAUAAGGAUAAAUUCUAUAGACAUGUGCAAUGCGUAGAAGACCAACAACAUUUGAGAAAUUCACUGGACGAGUUGGGACUAGUGGCAUUCGUUGGGAAUGGAGCAAUUUUACCCAGAGAAAGCGGAACCAGCGACAAGCCUCUGAAAUCCCCAGACCUCAAGGUGUUCAAAUCACCCCCAAACCUCCAAGUUACAAUUAAAACCCCUAACAAAGGAGAUGUAACUGGCAUGGGUAUUAAGGCGGGAGUCACUGUGAUAGUCGGGGGCGGUUAUCACGGCAAGACUACUCUUCUAGAGUCUUUGCAAUUGGGAAUUUAUAAUAAGGUACCAGGCGAUGGUAGGGAGUACGUUGUAACAUCGCCGAAUUGUGUAAAAAUAAGAGCUGAGGACGGGAGGAGCGUUAGUAGACUGGACAUCUCAACGUUCAUUGGAAACUUGCCAAAUGGGAAGAGUGGGACCGAUUUCACCACCAAAGACGCUUCAGGUUCGACAUCUCAAGCCGCUUCAAUCGUUGAGGCAAUUGAGAUGGGGGCAGACCUUCUGCUUAUUGAUGAAGAUAUCUCAGCUUCAAACUUUAUGUACCGAGAUAAACUUAUGGACCUCCUCGUUUCGAAGGAUAAGGAACCAAUCACCCCUUUUUUAUCACUUGUUAGACCAUUUUACGACAAACUAGGUGUUUCAACCAUUCUUGUAUCAGGUUCCUGUGGUCUUUUUGCCACUCAGGCAGACCUCGUAUUACAAAUGGAUGAAUACAACUGUCUAGAUAAAAGUCUCGAGUCUAAAUCUUUAUCUAAUGAUUCAAAUUAUACACUUCCAAAGGUUUUAUAUUUACUACCAUAUAGACUUUUAUACGGCUAUUUAAUUUCUUUGAAAUUAUUUAAUGGGAUGAUAAACUCUAGAUUAAUUGGGAAAAGUCAAGUAAUGAAUAAAAUUAAACAACAUGGAAUGCAUAAAAUAAAAUAUGGAACUGAAGAAAUUGACCUGAGUCUCGUUGAGCAGUUGGUUGAGGUCGGCCAAACCUGUACUAUAACAAACAUCAUUACUUAUUUGGAAGACCUUUAUCACACUCCUCAACACCAAAAUAAAACCUUACGUGAGUUAUUGGAGUCUUUGUACCUCGAGUGGAACCGGAAUAAAGGUACAAAAAUCUGUAAAAAUAUUUAUUCAGAUGUUGGAUUCAAUGGUCUGGACCAAGUUAACGGAUUCAAGCAUUUCCCAUCUGGUGAUUGCACAAUGCCUCGUAUAUUUGAAGUUUGUUUUCCAGAAUCCAUUUUCUUCAGGUUGCCUCCGCAAUUAAUCGUCUUCGCACUUUAUUUGUACCAGAAUUCGUUGAAACUAACUACAAGCCUCAAGAGAAAUUUAAAUACACUGAUUAACUUUACACGAUUAUUUAACUAG